AAAUCUGCUGGUAGUGAAGCUACGCAGAACAUUUCGGCUCUCAUUAAACAGGGCAAGAAAAAGAAGCGGAAUGUCAAAUUCAACACCUCCGAAAGGGAAUAUUUGAACAGGAACGUCAAUGCCGCACGGUCCUUCCGAUCCAAAUCCAGCUAUGGCGCCGGUUUCGUUCAUCCGCUACGUGAAGCAUUUUUCACCAAUUCACAGCAGGCUGUUCUGAAUUCGCGCUGUGCUGUUUCGUCAUCUUUUGGCUUGCCGUCUACUUCUCGCGCCGUCGUGAACAAACAAGGGAACUGUGAAAAGUCCUGCGAU